AUGGCAGAUGUGGCAAAAGCAUUACCUUUGCAUAUGAAUUUUGAAAAAUUGCGAACAUGUCAGCCCGCGCCGUUUUCCACUGAUGCAGAAGCGGUACAAGAACGUGAGAAUUGCGAUUAUAGUCAAAAGUUAACAUAUCAGGUGGCGCGUAAUGGCGAAGCGCCACGGCGACCGCGCGUCUACGCCGAUGGUAUAUAUGACUUAUUUCAUCAAGGUCAUGCCAGACAGUUAAUGCAGGCUAAAAAUGUAUUUCCUAAUGUCUAUCUAAUUGUGGGCAUUUGCAAUGACGAACUUACCCACCGCAUGAAAGGACGCACUGCAAUGACCGAACGGGAGCGUUAUGAAGGUGUAAGGCAUUGCCGCUAUGUAGAUGAGAUUAUCUCAGAUGCGCCAUGGACUUUAACCGAGGAGUUCAUAAUUGCGAAUAAGAUCGAUUUUGUCGCACACGACGAUAUUCCCUAUACAGGGGUUGGAGUCAAUGAUAUAUAUGGAUGGUUAAAAGCCAAAGAUAUGUUCGUUGCUACCGAACGUACUCAAGGCGUUUCCACCUCGGACAUAGUGGCACGCAUUGUAAAAGAUUAUGAUUUAUACGUACGACGUAAUCUGGCCAGAGGUUAUUCUGCCAAAGAGCUCAAUGUCUCGUUUUUAUCAGAGAAAAAGUUUCGCUUACAAAAUAAAAUGGACGAACUCAAGGAUCGUGGUCGACGUGAAUUCACAAAAGUCAAGGAUGACAUUAUAACCAAGUGGGAAGAGAAGUCACGUGAAUUCAUUGAUGCCUUCUUGCUAUUAUUUGGACGCGAUCGUCUCAACCAUAUCUGGAAUGAAUCACGAGAUAAACUAAUACAAGCUCUCAGCCCUCCUGGCAGUCCUAGCGAAUCGGUGAAUGGUGAUAGUAAUGACGAGAAUGACGACAUGUUAUUUGAAGAUAUUGAUUUAGGAGCUGCGACCGAUACGCCCCCUGAAGUAGACAUCCAUAUAGAGCAGUCGGUGCUUACAAGACAUUCUUGUCAGAAGGUAAUAGAAAACGGUACGGUCUCACCUCCAACUAGUGAAAAUGAACAAUCGUGCACUGCAUACCAGUCGGAAGGAGAUGAGAUUGAUGGAUUUGAAGUCAUCAAAAGCAAUGCUUUGAAAAAAAAAAAAGUAAAAUUCGCUUUCUAG